AUGGAAUUGACAAGCCUCUCAAGUGGUUCCAAACAAAGAGGACAACAAAGAAAGAAGGUUGUCUUCACGCCUAGUCAGAGAGACACCUUGCAGGUAGCAUUACAAGAGAACCCCUACCCUGGCAUAGCCACCAGAGAAAGGCUGGCCAAAGUAAUUGGUAUUCCAGAGGAGAGAGUGCAGGUUUGGUUCAAAAACCACAGAAGGGUCUUGUUAAAGAAAAGAAGGCCGUCUUCUGAAGACCCAUUAGGAGAGAACAUCCGGGGUCGGGAAAAGCUGCCUCGUGGAACUCCAGAAAACGUUCAUAGAGAAGCCAGAAGAAGGAGAGCAAUAAUCACAAAAUCUCAGGCGAACAUUCUUCUGCAAGCUUUUGGAAGAAGUCGAUUCCCUGGGAUUUCAGUCAGGGAAGAUCUGGCCAGAUCUGGUUCCAGAACAGAAGAGCUCGAUAACCAGAGCACAACAUGGAGACACCAGCAUAUUCCUUUACAAGAAGCCCAGCAGAGCUGUCUCCUCUGGAUGUUCAACCACAACAACGCAAGCUUCGCCUGGUCCCAGGCGUGUCUCAUUCUAUUCCACCAUUUCAUUCAUUCACCAGGAGCGAUGGCAUCCUAUCUUUUUCCUGUCACACAACCUCAGCUCCUUGUAAGCCUAUUCAGAGCCAUGCCAUCCAGCCACCAGGUCCCCUCAUGA